GUAGUGACGGUUGCCGUUCGACAGUUUUCCCUCCUCGUUGACGAAGCUCUACGGCCGCUGCCGAUGUUUCGCUAAAGAGACUUUUAUCGUGAAAGAUUUCGGACUCCGUGGUUUUAAAACUGUUGCAGGGAGACCGAGAAAGAACCGAGCACCUGUAACAUCGCUGUUAAAGAAGACUUAUGCAGUCCUGCUAGCAGGGCAAGAUGUUCAACAAGUCAUUUGGUACUCCCUUCGGCGGAGGGACGGGGGGGUUCGGCACCUCAUCGACCUUUGGACAGCAAAACACGGGCUUCGGGACAGCGGGAGCCUUUGGGACGUCUGCGUUUGGGACUACUGCCAACACUGGAGGGCUGUUUGGUGCCACGCAGAACAAACCUGGCGGUUUGUUUGGCUCCAGUACGUUCAGCCAGCCGGCCACUUCCUCCACCAGCACUGGCUUCGGGUUCGGUGCAGCGACUGGCACUUCCACCAGCCUGUUCGGCAACACAGGAACGGGCACCAGUGGCGGACUCUUCUCCCAGCAGCAGAACAAUGCCUUCGGUGCCAACAAACCCACCUCAUUUGGAAGCUUCGGGACGAGCACCAGCAGCGGCGGGCUGUUUGGGUCGACCAACACCACCUCCAACCCUUUCGGGGGAGGCACCUCUCUGUUUGGAGGCUCGGGGUUCAGCGCCGCACAGCAGCAGCCAGGAACCACUGUAAAAUUCAAUCCUCCGACAGGAAGUGACACAAUGGUGAAAGCAGGCGUGACCACAAGCAUCAACACCAAACACCAGUGCAUCACAGCCAUGAAGGAGUAUGAGAACAAAUCACUGGAGGAGUUGAGGCUGGAGGACUACCAGGCGGGCAGGAAGGGCCCGACCAACCCGAUGGCUGCGGGGACCGGCGGUCUGUUCGGUGCGCCCACGGCAACGUCCAGCACUGCCACUGGCCUGUUUGGCUCCACCGCCCCCAACACCAACUUCUCCUUUGGGCAGAACAAGAGCACGUUUGGAGCUGCACCAGCGGCCGGCGGUUUUGGUGCCACCACAGGCGGUCUGUUCGGUCAGCAGGCGCCGCAACAAGCCAGCAGCCUCUUCAAGCCGUUUGGUCAGACCACGACCACGCAGAGCACCGGCUUCUCCUUCGGAAACACCAACACCAUAGGACAGGCCAACACCAGCAGCAUUGGUUUGUUUGGAAACACCGCAGCAUCUCAGUCGGGUGGGUUGUUUGGUGCCGCUCAGACGAGCGCCGCCACAGGCUUUGGGACGGGCACGGGGCUGUUCGGCCAAACCAACGCUGGAUUUGGAAACGUCGGCACACAGCAGAGUUUAUUUGGUAAUAAGACGGCAGGGUUUGGCACCACCACCACCAGCGCUCCAUCCUUCGGCACUGGCACCGGCCUGUUUGGGAACAAGCCCGCCCUCACACUGGGGACUGGAACAAACACGUCCAGCUUCGGCUUUGGUGCAAACCCAGCCGCAGGAAGUCUCUUUGGGAACAAGCCGGCCACUGGAGGACUGGGGACGGCACUGGGAACCAGCUUCGGAGCAGCAGUGGGUACAGGACAGACGUCUCUGUUUGGGAAUAACCAGAACAAACUGGGUACCACACUGGGAACGAUGGGAACGUUCGGAACGACUGGAUUCAGCAGUGGAACCAGCAGCCUGGGCUUCGGAGCCCAACAGCAACCAGUUGCGCUCACAGAUCCGAAUGGUGCGGCCGCCCAGCAGGCCAUGCUGCAGCAGCAGCUCAGCGUUCUGGCUUACUCUCCGUAUGGAGACUCACCGCUCUUCAGAAACCCGCUUUCAGACCCAAAGAAGAAAGAGGAGCGUCUGAAACCAACCAAUCCCACGGCUCAGAAGGCCCUGACCACGCCCACCCACUACAAGCUCACCCCCCGUCCAGCCACCAGAGUCCGCCCCAAAGCACUGACAUCAUCAGGGGCCUCCAAGUCGCAGCUCUUUGACGGCCUGGACGACGAUGAACCCUCGCUCACCAACGGAGCCUUCAUACCCAGGAAGAGCAUUAAGAAGCUGGUGCUGAAGAACCUGAACAGCAGUCAGUACAGCAGUCCGGUCACCAAGGAGACGGACGACCUGGCGUCACCCUCAGAGUACCCGCAGAAUGGACACAGUCACAUGGAGGAGGAGGAGGAGGCGGCACCGGGCCCCAGCAGCCGGCCCGACGACGACCCCGAAGUCACCCAGUUCUACGUCAACCCCAUCGCCAAGCCCAUUCCGCAGGGCCGUGCACAGACCAGCCUGCAGGACACCAUCAGCGACCUCAACAUGCACAAAGCGGCACGGAACGGACUGGAGCUGAGCAGCGAGGACGUGUCAGCGUCUUUGGGGGAGGAGUCUCUGCAGGAGGACAGAGAGGAGGAGCAGCAGGAGUCCCAGCAGUCUCCUCACCCUGCAGGCAUCGUUCUGAACCGUGUUGGUUACUACACCAUCCCCUCCAUGGACGAUCUGUCUGAGAUGGUGGACGAGAACGGAGAGUGCGUGGUGGAAAACUUCACAGUCGGCAGGAAAGGCUACGGCUCCAUCUUCUUCCCCGGCGAGGUGAACGUAACGGGGCUGAACCUCGAUGAGAUAGUCCACUUCAGACGCAAAGAGGUCAUCGUGUACCCAGACGACAAGAACAAGCCUGCGGAGGGGGAGGGGCUUAACAGGCGAGCGGAGGUGACGCUGGAUGGCGUCUGGCCAAACGACAAGACGACCUGCACUCAGAUCAGGAGCCCAGAGCGUCUGUUGGACAUGAACUACGAGGGUCGGCUGGAGAAAGCAUCCCGCAGACAGGGAGCUCGUUUCCUGGAGUACAGACCGGAGACUGGCUCCUGGGUGUUUGAGGUGGCCCAUUUCUCCAAAUACGGCCUGCAGGACGAGGAUGAGGACGAGGACGUCCCGCCCAAAGCCGACCCCAAGAAGCUGAAGACGAUGAUGUCACUUCCUCCCUCCAAACUGCAGCAGCUGCUUCCUCCCUCCCAGCAGCAGGUGGCGCCUCAGGCUCAGUCCACUGUUGUCGUGGACCUUCCGGGCAGCGUGGCGGAGUUGGACAGCGACAUGGCCGACAUCACCCAGAGCUUCCCAACAGAGAGCAUGCUGGGAGGAGAGGAGGAUGGCGACCUGCCGGCGACAGCUGAGAUGGACACUACAACGAGCGGGAAGCUCACAGGUUUGAUCUCCUCAGAGCACGACGGCAUCUCUGCGUCCAGCCACAUGGCGUCCUCACUGGGGAUCAAUCCACACACCCUCCAGAUCAUGAAGGCGUCGCUGUUUGCUGAGGAUGAAGAGGAAGGCGACAUGUUCCAGGAUCAGGGAGCGAUGAAGGACGUCUGGUCCCCUCGUCUCGUCCUGCCAGGAGCUCAGACCAGACCCUCCGUGGGCGGUCUCCUUCAGGCUCGUUUCACCUCCGGCCUCAUCUCUCAGCUCUCAGACUCUCCUCGUCCUCCUCCUCUUCUUCCUCCUCCUCUGUCCCGGGGCUCUCCAGCAGCCACCGAACCCUCCCGCCCCUCGCACUGGGCCGGCCCUGGGCCCUCGUCCUUCCUGCUGCCCCCCCGAGCUCCAGAACCUUCAGUCAGGACGGUCGGCGUCCGGCGGCUGGGCGGCCCCGUCCCCCUCAAAGAGUCGGUCACUCUUGGAAAGGGGAGUUUGUUGAUGGACGCCGGCCUGUAUGCGGGUCGCUCCUUCAGGGUCGGGUGGGGUCCCGGCUGGACGCUGGCGCACUGCGGCCACCGGCUGAGCUCACCGCCCAAACAGCUCGACCAACAAGAACUGACCAAAACAGACUUCAGCUUCCUGCCCAAACUGGCCAGGAGCAAGCCACUGACAGAAAGUCCCUAUAAAGUGGUGAUGGAGCAGCUGGAGUGUCUGCAGCCUCCAGCUGUGAAGAGCAGCCAGCAGGAGGACGAGGAGAGCCAGGCGGUGCUGCAGCGCCCCCUGGACAUCUGUCUGAAGCACAGCACCGUCGACAUCACUGAAGCUUCUGCCUGCCCUCUGGUGCGACCGCAGCCCGGCGUGGCGGCGCUGCACGAAUACGCAGAGUGGAUCAUUGAACUGAGCGACAAGCAGGGAGACGCUGAUCCUCUGCUUGGUUACUGGGCCGAGGUCUGGACCCUGUGUGAGGCCUUGUGGGGCCGGCUGGGCCCUGCUGAUCAGGAGUUGGAUGUUCAGGCGCCCGGCGAGUACGAGCAGCAGCUGGAGAGGAGGCGGAGCUUUUCGGCCUGGCUGUCCCGCGGCGCCACCUCCAGGGUGGAGGAGGAGGUGGCGCUGGCGGGGAAGGGUCGCCACGUGGAGGCCAUCUUCAGCUACCUGACGGGAAACCGCAUCAGUGAGGCGUGUCGACUGGCACAGAAGGAAGGAGACCACCGUCUGUCCCUGCUGGUGUCUCAGGCCAUGGGCUCUCAGUACUGCCGGGACCUGCUGGCCCUUCAGCUCGCCGACUGGAACCGCAUGCAGACAGACUCCUACCUGCCAGAGGAGCGGCUUCGCAUCUUCACUCUGCUCGCGGGGAAACCAGUGUGGCAGUCGUCAGACUCUGUGGUGAACGUUUGCUCUGAGUUGGACUGGAAGCGCUGCGUGGCCGUCCACCUCUGGUUCAUGUUGCCUCCGACUGCCUCUGUGGCCGACGCCCUCGCCAGAUAUGAAGCUGCCUUCCAGGGCUCCUGUGAGGGGGGAAAGUACGCCUGCGCCCCCCUGCCUCCGUACCUGGAGGCGGAGCAGCCGGACCUGGAUGAGGAGGAGGAGGAGGAGGAGGAAUCCAAGCGGUCGCUGUACGACCUCUGCUUCCACCUGCUCAAACUCUAUAGCGACAGACACUACAGCCUGCAGCAGCUGUUGGACCCUCUGACCGUCACCUGGGAGCGUCUGGAUUACCGUCUGAGCUGGCACCUGUGGGGCGUCCUGCAGGCGCUGCACUACAGCCACCUCAGCAUCUCGCGCCAGGGACUCCUUCACGCCAGCUACGCCGCACAGCUGGAGAGCGCCGGCCUCUGGCACAUGGCCGUCUUCAUCCUUCUGCACAUCCCCGACCACACUCAGCGGGAGCGAGCGGUGAGGGAGAUGCUGACCCUCCACUGCCCCCUGCAGGAGACGGACGAGUCGGUCCGCAGGGAGCGCUUCCUGACCGAGAGGCUGCUGAUCCCAGAACAGUGGAUCCACGAGGCCAAGGCCACACGAGCCCGCCGCGAUGCCGACCGACACCAGGAGGCCCUGCACCUAUACCGGGCUGGAUACUGGAGCCAGUGUCAUCGUCUGCUCAUCCAGCACCUGGCCUCAGACUGCAUCAUCAACGACAACCAUGACUACCUGCUGGAGUUCCUGGAGGGGCUGGCGGUCCCUGAACACAGCGCCACCAUCCAGGACUGGGACACUGCAGGGGGCGUCUACCUGGACUACAUCCGAGUCAUUAAGACUCUGCAGGACAUACAGCAGAUGGAAAACGCCGGUUACGAGUUGGAGCGUCUCUACACACACGUGACGUCUUUGUGCAGCAGGAUUGAGCUCCUCCCCUGCAGCACGGCCAGAGACCGCCUUGCCCAAUCAGAAAUGGCGAAGCGCGUGGCCAACAUCCUGCGGGUGGUGCUGAGCCUGCAGCAGGGUGACACAGCCUCUGACUCCCUCAGCAUCCCGCUCAUCCAGCUGGCGCCGCACAUCACCCGCCUGCCGAUGCCGGAGGACUACAUGCUGGAGGAGCUGCGAGGCCUCACGCAGUCGUAUCUGCGACAGCUCAUCGUCAGCCAAUGAGAACAGGAAGCAGGACGUGUUGUUCACAUCAGAUAAAUGACAAAACUUCAGCUGCUCAAACAUCAUGAGACUCUGAGAGCUUUUCCAAAUAAAGGAGUAACAACAAACUGACGUUUGUUUCUGCGGAGGACGAUUUGAUUCUGGAGUUUAUUCACUCCAGUUCUAGACGCCGUCUGUUCGAGCUUCUUCAGCACUGAAAAAUAAAAACAGGCACAAAGCUGCGAUACUUCAUUCCUCUUCAUCUGUGUGCGUCUGUCUCUUCAGGGGAGAGUUUUAAAAGAAACAACAGGAAGUGACAGGAAAUGACUCCCAACUAUAAAUAACCUCCCUCUGCAACAUGGCAGUCAACCAUGAAGCAAACAUGUCACUCUGUUGUCAGUCAGCGUCAGUCGGUAGACAAGUGUCUCACCCCGCUGCCACCAACACUGUUAAUCAAAACUUAGUUAAAUUUAGGUUGUGACAUCGAGUGACCAAAAUUCAACGUCAGAAUGUCAAAUGUCAACAUAAAUUUGACAUAAAGUACUGACGACAGACGACGUCGAAACCAACAUGUUUGUGUUGUGUUGUUAAAUAAAAAAAAUCUAACGUCUUUCAGUCGUCCCAUGCUAAUGUCCUCGUAAUGUUCGGAGAACAAAGACCAACAAAAUGUUGUCAUGGUAACAUCCACACAACGUGAUCAUUGAGUCUGUUCAGUGACAUCAAGGUUGUAUUUUAGUAGUGGGAUAAUUUACCACAGAUGUUAAGAACAAUCUGUAGUUAACGUAACACAAGGAAUUAAUUUCAGCAGUGUUGAAGACGUGAGAUCAGAAAAUACGACCAAACAUCGUCCAGGUUUCAGCUGAUAUGUCAUUAAUACAGAUGAAGUUCACUGUGAUAGACGAUAAAACUCAGUCUGCUGAUAGAUGUUCAUGCUCAACGAACUGUCACCAAUAUUAAAAUUACACCUAUUUUUCUAGUAGUCAUUAAAACAUGCGAGCACACAGGUGUGGUCUUUUUUUAAAGGAGCAGUUCAUCACUUUGAGUGUUGAUGUUCAGGAUUAAAGUUACACACUGAGUCAUUUCCAAGUUCUGUUAUUGUUGUUUACUCUGAAAUUCUCCCCCAGAACUCAAGUUUGGUGUUUUUCAACCUGGAACCUGAUUUCCCGUGUUUUUGUUUUUAAGUGACACAUUGGUCCGUUAUUGAGCCGUCACUUUACGCCCAGGAAAAGUGUGUGUUUUUGCCACAUAUCCCGACAGAGAUAGACGGGCGUAUCCCUGCAACCCUCGUCUACAGGACUGCCAGCAGCCACGAAAUGAACGUCCACAAGAAGUUUUUGUCACUGACAGGCUCAGAUUGUUGUUCUAAGUGUCUGACAGCAUUAUCAAAGGAUCCCUACAGAGAUAGAGCUUUGCUGUGAGUUAGAUCCUUUUUGUUUAACCAGAAACAGUCCUGAAAUCACCGUCACCAAACCCACCAGACUGCAUUUAAAUUAACACUCAUUUUAUCAUCAAAAAACACACUUCAGUCAAAGUCGACUUAAACAAAAUUAAACUGACAGAAACCAUCUUGGUUCAUCUCUCCACUGUUCCAACAAUCACCAGCUCUGGUUUGGUUGAAAUUAACCAUGCAAAGCUCUAUCUCUGUAGGGAUCAUUUCCAUAAUGUUGUCAGACACUUGUAACCACAAGAACAAUCUGAGCCUGUCGGUGUCAAAAACACAUUUUUACCAGAUGUUAUUUUCGUGGCUGUCGGCUGCAGCGCUUCCUCUCAGCACUGUAGACUAGGGUUACAACGAGAUACCGUUUUCAAGGUAUGCUGUGGUAUAAAAGUUGAUGGUUAUCAUAGCGUGUUUACUUAUCUACGAUAUUGGGAAAAAAAAUGCAACUGGAUGGAGAACGUCAGCUCUGUUUACAAAAUAGUUUCAAUUACAGUAAGAAGUUAAAUAUUUGUUCAGCCAACAAGGAACCCUUCUGUUUUAUUCCUUUAAGGCUCGUUCCGACUGAUAAGAUAUUUUGGAUAGUGAUUACACCAUAAAAAUCUGGUACAAUCCUAACUGGGCCAAUGUCAAAAAAUAUUGUUCCAUUUAGCCACUUAAACACAAAAACAUGGCAAAAUACGUUAAAAAUACCAAACUUAUUGUGAGAGAGUAUUUUGUCCCUGUGUUUGAACAGUGUCUCUGUAACGGCACUACGUUGUGCUUACAAGCGAGUAAAGGUAACUCUCAAAUUCUCAUUUGACCCCAAUGAAAAUGCCGCGUUUGCGUUAGUGAUUAGCUCUAAAAUAAACCCGUCUCUGACUGCUUUUUUUUUUUUUUUUUUUUUAAGUUUUGUUUUU